CUUGUUUGCAUACUAAGUAAUGAUUACAUUUGGGAUUGGGGCUCCCCGAAUGACUCAGUGGUUCUGCGGAUCCUGCAGCCUGACUCUCACUCAUCCGCCUUUGGGCAUCUGCAACGACAUAAUGAAGGUGUUUGGUGUAGUGCUGGUCUUGGCCUAUUUUGGUCAUGCCACUUCAGCGUGCCCGGCACUUUGCCAAUGCUACUCACGAAGAGCAGAGGUGGUCUGCAAUGAGGUUCCCCUGACGGUAUUCCCCGUUGAGAGCCUCUCCGAGAACACCAGCACCCUCACCAUCCAGUUCACCAACAUUACAUCCAUCUCGGAACAGGAUCUCAACGCAACGCCCCGGCUGAAGCAGCUCCACCUGUUCAGCAACCACCUCAACAACCUCUCCUCGCACCUCCUUAGAGGCGUGCCUCUGCUCACCACUUUGGACCUCACCGGCAACAAGCUGAGCCAUUUGCCUGCAGAGGUCUUCAGCCAUGCCCCGCUUCAAGUCCUGGUGCUCAAGAACAACCUGGUUGAGAAAGCGGACGCCGCGUGGCUUCCCGAUAACUCCGACCUGACCUGGUUGGACGUCUCUGGGAAUCGUCUAACCAACAUCUCAGGAGAUUUUCUUCAAAAAAUGCCCCACCUGGAAAACCUCGACCUCUCCAACAACCAUCUGGUGAAGAUCUUGGCAAAUUCUUUGGAUCCACUCAUCAAACUUGAUCGCCUAAAUCUGCAGAACAACAAACUGGACAGCCUGGAUGCUUCUUUAUUCGAAAGCACCCAGAACCUCACCUACUUGUUCCUCUCCAGGAACAGGCUCACUCAUCUUCCCCCGAACAUUUUUCAGAAGCUCACUCAGCUCAAACACCUCAGUCUGGACGACAACCAGCUUAGCAGUGUCCCUCCAGGACUGCUCGACCAUCUGAACGCUCUGGAGGACGAAGGCCUGGACCUGACUGCCAACCCGUGGGUGUGCGACGGGAAGAUGGCGUACCUCCUCAGGUGGCUCCAAAACAACCAAAAGAAAGCAUUUCUACCCGAGACCAUGAUUUGUUCCGGUCCUCAGUCUCUCAAGGGUCGCUCGGUGAUGUCACUCACAGAGACUGAACUGAAGAUGAAUUUGAUUCAGGUGCUGAUGUUAUGCGCAAUAAGUAACCGCGCUGUCCAUGCCUGCCCACAUCGUUGCUCCUGUUCCGGUUCUGAGGUGGAGUGCUCCGACGUCUCGAACAUGACGUCGUUCCCUGUCGACAGUUUACCGUCCAACACCACGGUGUUGUCCAUCUGGUCCACCCAGAUAUCUUCCUUAGAAGCGGGUCAUUUCAAGGCCGUGCCCCUUCUGAACAGGCUUCAGCUGUACGCCAGCAUGUUGGACAAGCUUCCUUCGGAUCUCCUGCGGAACGCUUCCCAGCUGAACUCAUUAGAUCUCACCGGGAACCGACUUAUCCGUCUUCCUCUGGGAGUCUUCCGGCAGAGGUCGCUCCGCGAUUUGGUCCUCAAAAACAAUUGCAUCGAAGAGGCGGAAGCGGGUUGGUUUGAUGAGAACAACAGCCUGACCCAGUUGGACUUAUCUGGCAAUCGUUUAUCCGACAUCCCGGUGUCAUUUCUUGAAAAGCUGCAACAUCUGGAGAAUUUGGAUUUGAGUGACAACAAACUAGAAGCUCUGCGACCAGAUGCCUUGAAGAACCUGCACCACCUGGACGUUCUUAAUCUGGCCGGGAACAAACUGAGCGCCCUGAUGCCGACGACCUUCAGUCACAACCCGAAGCUCUCGCGUCUGUUUCUGCAAGAGAAUCAACUCCGGGAUCUUCCGUCGCCACUCCUCUCGGGUCUGCGUCAACUUCAGUUACUUCUUCUCAACCAGAACAGGUUACGACAUCUCCCCACGGGCCUGCUGGAUGACAGGGACUCGUCUUUCCAGCUGAUCCUAGCGACCAACCCAUGGCUGUGCGAUGGGAAAAUGGAGUACCUGUGGAGAUGGCUCAAUGAACAUCCUCAAAGUGUCAUUUAUCUGGAGGAGGUGAUCUGCGACGGGCCGGAAGCUCUCAAGAACAGACAAGUGGCGUCUUUAACGGAAAGUGAACUUGGUCUGGUCAGAUAAAAACGAUUUUCAAGCAAAUUAUUGUCAAAUGCAAAGAUUUGUGAUGAACACGACGACGUGUUUUUCUUGACUUUUAAAUUUUGACUCAUGUUUUUCCAUCUCAUGUCUACUCAUUAGCUUAUCGUUUCUGACUGUUCUUGUCAGCGGCGUUCCGGUUGAUCGGCUCCUUCGGGUCACUCGUGGCUUGCCCAGGUGUGCCUCGUCGUCUCGUCCAUUUGCUUGUAUUUAGUUCCUUGGUUUGUUAUGUUUCAUUUUUGCAAUAAAUCUGACAGAGAUGUUUUAA